AUUGUCAAGUCAAAGAAAUGUCAUAACACAGAAACACGUGAAUUUAUUUGUUGGUUAAAAUUACGAUUAUAAUUCCAAAAUGAAGAUAAAACAGAAGAAAACACCUCAAAAACUGUUAUCAGAUAAAAUAGCUGACGCACUGACGGUAAAGCCACGCGCUGACAUAGAAGAUGACCAAGUUUUUGGCACAAAACCGAAAACUAUUACUCGUGCAGAUUUGGGCUCAUCAGACAGUGAAGUAGAAGCGGCUAUUAGUGAUUUUCGUAAGAGAAAUGUAGGUUUACUGAGUGAGGUUAGUAAGAAGUAUGAGGGUCAAGUUGUUUCCCGAAAAGAUAUUGAAGAAUCGGCAGGAGAUGAUAGCAGUUCCGAUGAUGAUGAUACGCAACUAUCCAAGUCCAAUAUAGACUUUUCAAUAGAUUCUGAUGAGUCGGGCUCAGGGGUUGACCUAUCUAAAACAAUGACUGCAGAUGAGCAAUUCGAUUCAGAGGAUUCUGAGGGUGAAAGUGAUGAUUAUAGCAUCACUCAGUUCCGGAAACAAUUGAAUGCUGAUUCUGAUGAUGACAAUGAAGGUAGCGGUGAUGACGACAGCAAUGACGAUGAAGACGAUGAUGAUGAGGGCGAAGGAUAUGAUAUCAGUGCAAUGGAGGAACCAAUGAAAGAAACUUUUGAACAUGUUAAGAAACAGAACAAUUCUGAAGAAGCUAAGAAAGGCAAUUGUGUUAGAAAUCAACUGCUCCUGUGGGAGAGUUUGCUGGAGAUGAGGAUACAUCUGCAAAGAUGUGUGAACACUGCCAACCAAAUGCCUAUGCCUGAGGUUUAUACAGAAUUGAAGGAGAAUGAAGACUUUUUGGAAGAGACCAACGCUACCAAAACUAAUAUCACUAAUGUGUUAGACAAAUUACUCACACUCCAAAAUUUACUUCUAAGUAAAUAUCCAGAGACAAAGACUCUUUGUAACAAAAAACUCAGUAAACAGGCAGAUGCCAAGCAAUCUGCUAAAGAAGAAAGUGAUGAAGAAAUACCAAGUGAUACAGAUAACGAGGAGAUACCAUCAGACACAGAUGCUGAGGAAGAUUCUCCUAAAGAAGUUCCAAAAUCUGCAAAGAAUAAAACUGCUCCCGUCAAGAAACGUAAACUGGAAGAGUACGAAAGUGAUAUAUCAACCACACACAAGGCAUUCAAAUCAUUCCGAGACACUUCCAUUCAAAAAUGGAAUGACAAAACACGUCUUGCAACAGCAACCAACAUAAAGAACACACCAACUAACACUAUUCUUCAACAAAUAUCAUACAUUCUUUCUGACAGAGAGAAAUUGGUCAGACGUACACAGCUAAAGAGGUCUGAAUAUGACAUUAUCGGUUACAAAAAGAAUGUCCCGGAAGAAAGUAACCCAAAUAAUGAAGAAGUCAACCCAGUAACAAGAGACAGGAAAGACAAUGAUGAAUAUAUUCCAGAAAUAUUUGACGAUAGUGAUUUCUAUCAUCAAUUGCUAAGAGAGUUAAUUGAAUGCAAGUCAGCAGAUAUUUCAGAUCCAGUACAGUUGAGUAGACAAUGGAUUGCAUUGCAGCAAAUGAGGAGUAAAAUGAAGAGGAAAGUGGAUACGAAAGCGACAAAAGGAAGGAAGAUUAAGUAUGUUGUUCACAAUCAGUUGGUGAAUUUUAUGGCACCUGAAAAAUCAGUAUCAUGGACAGAUGAAAGUAUGAAUGAAUUAUACAGUUCUUUGUUCGGCAAAUUGUUUGAACAAAGUAAUAUAGGUUUAAAUGCUAAUGUUAAUGGCCUAAAGUUAAAAGAUUAAAUAAAACAUUUAUAAUACUUA